UUCUCCCUUCUUUUCUUUAUAGAAGAGGAUGAUGGAGAAUAGAAAGCUAGCUUUGUUUUUGUUUAAUUUUCUAGUUUGGUUUUUGUUUAGUUUGUUAGUGAGAGAUGGAGUAGUUGAAGCUUCUCAUGUAGUUUAUGAAGAACUCCAAUCUAUUUCUCCAUCCAUAGUUAGUAGUAAACAUAGAACUGGUUUUCACUUUCAACCUCAAAGGAACUGGCUCAAUGAUCCAAAUGGACCAAUGUACUACAAUGGCAUCUACCACCUUUUCUAUCAGUACAACCCCAAAGGAGCAGUAUGGGGAAACAUAGUGUGGGCACACUCAGUGUCCACAGACUUGAUAAACUGGACACCAUUAGAACCAGCACUAACACCAACAAAACCAUUUGACAUUAAUGGCUGCUGGUCAGGCUCAGCCACCAUCCUCCCUGGAAACAAACCAGUCAUCUUCUACACUGGCGUUGACUCCAACAACAUCCAAGUCCAAAACCUUGCUUUCCCUAAGAACCUUUCUGACCCUUACCUUAUAGAAUGGAUCAAACCAGACUAUAAUCCAGUCAUCAUCCCUGAUGAAUCCAUUGAACCAAGCAAGUUCCGUGACCCAACCACUGGUUGGUUUGGUCAUGACAACCAUUGGCGUGUCAUCAUUGGCAGUAGACACAACCAUAGAGGCAUGGCCAUUAUGUAUAGAAGCAAAGACUUUGUUCAUUGGAUUAAAGCUAAGCAUCCUCUUCAUUCUGCAAGCAAUACUGGUAUGUGGGAGUGUCCUGACUUUUAUCCAGUGUCUUUGCAUGGCAACACUGGUGUUGAUACUUCUCAGUAUGGUGAUGGCUUCAAACAUGUUCUUAAGAAUAGCUUGGAUGUCACAAGGUAUGAAUAUUAUACAGUGGGGACAUACUACAGGGAGAAAGAUAGGUACGUGCCAGACAUGACUUCAGCUGAUGAUCAAAGUGGUUUGAGGUAUGAUUAUGGGAAUUUCUAUGCAAGCAAGACAUUCUAUGAUUCUGGGAAGAAUAGGAGGAUUUUGUGGGGUUGGUCUAAUGAGACUGAUAGUGUUCAAGAUGAUGUAGCCAAAGGUUGGUCUGGGAUUCAGGCAAUACCAAGAGCACUUUGGCUGGAUGAGAAAGGUCAGCAGUUAGUGAUAUGGCCAGUGGAAGAAGUGGAGAAUUUAAGAGGAAAACUAGUUCAUAUUAAGAACAAGGAACUCAAGUAUGGUGAAAUGUUUGAAGUCCAAGGAAUAAUGUCUUCACAGGCAGAUGUGGAGGUGAGUUUUGAAGUAACAGGACUAGAAAAAGCAGAAAUAUAUGAUCCAACUUGGGAAGAUCCUCAAGUGCUUUGUGGGGAAAAAGGAGCAUCAGUGAAAGGAGGAGUUGGUCCAUUUGGGCUGCUGGUUAUGGCUUCUAGUGGUUUACAGGAACAAACUGGUGUUCUUUUUAGGGUUUUUAAAGCUCCAAACAAGGAUGUGGUCCUACUCUGCCAUGAUGCUACCAAGUCAACUUUGAAAGGAGGAGUGUUCAAGCCAAACUUUGCAGGUUAUGUGGAUGUGGAUAUAAGAAAGACAGGAAAGUUGUCUUUAAGGACUCUGAUUGAUGGAUCAGUGAUUGAAAGCUUUGGAGCUGGAGGAAGGACUUGUAUAACUUCUAGGGUUUACCCAACCUUGGCUGUUGGGAACAAUGCUCAUCUUUAUGUCUUCAAUAAUGGCCAACAGAAAAUUAAGGUUUCUCAUCUUAAAGCUUGGGAGAUGGUCAGACCAACAAUGAAUUAAUCAGUUAGAGAUGAAUCACUGAAGUUAAUCUACAUAUAUAUAUAUAUAUAUAUGUUAGGUAUUGUUCAGGAUUGAGUGUUAUCUUGUUAAUUAGCAUUGGAAAACCUUUGUUGUAUGGUUUUUCUGAGUUAUGGUAUGAUAUAUGCAAUCACUGUCUUAUUAAUUAUGAGAUGUACUGGAAAUAAAUUAUUGUUAGUUUCAUUAUAUCGGUCUGAGGUUGAAUUAAUUAGAAUGGUAAACAUACUCAAUUUUUUUUGGAUUUUGAAUAAAAGAAAGU